GACACUCUUUUCGGCCCAUGCUCACCCUUCUACAUGUACCAGGUGCUGCUCGGAUUCUUCGCUGUCGCGGCGAACAUCGCCGGGGCGGGGGAACAUGGCAUCAUCGAACCUUGGCCGAAGCCUAUCACUACUGAUCUGCAGUCAUCGGACCGUGCCUUCCACGGACCACGGGAUGAUCUGCUGCAACUUGUGUAUGAUCUGCGGCACACCGAGAUGGAUUCUGCGCAUCGUGGAACGUUUCCGUUUCCACUGCGUGCUGGCCAUAAAAGGGGUCAAGCUGCGCUACAACGACUGGGGCACGACACUCUUUUCGGCCCAUGCUCACCCUUCUACAUGUACCAGGUUAGUUACCUAGGUGGAACUAAAUGUUAUCGCUCCAACAAUACUAUGCUUCUAAGAGUGUCGUGCCCCAUUAGCAAGCGACAACCUAUAUGUUGUUUUAAAUAUGUGAGCGUGUAUUUUAUCGAUGCUGUGCUCUUUUUGCUUUGCGAUGGAUGCUUGAUGCUUUCUCAAUUCUUGAUACUCUUAUCGGGUGACGUAGAGCUGAAUCCAGGACCCAUGAGUGCGGCAGAGCGAGAGCAAAUAACGAACAUUGAGAGGAUUCUAUUAGAAAUGAAAACGGGCCAGGAAACUGUGCUUGCGAAGUUAACAGAAAUUACAACUAAACAAAGUGAACUGGAAUCCAAGAUAACGAACUUAAUAGAGAAGACAAGCCUUGUGGAAAGUCGUAUUACUCGUGUGGAAAAAAUUGAAGACAAAUUAUUGGCUAAGGUGGACGAUUUCGAGAAUAGAACCCGUAGACAGAACCUGUUAUUUUUUGGUGUGGCUGAUAGGGAAAAAAAUGAGACUUGGGAAACGUCAGAAAAUUUAAUUAGAGAUAUAUGCAAGGAAGUGAUGAAACUUGAUGAUAUUUCAAUUGAACGGGCUCACCGCAUAGGGGCUUUUAAGGAAACCCAGAACCGGCCCAUCGUAGCAUGCUUUUCGCUGUGGAAGGCUAGAGAAAGCGUCUUUAAAAACGCUUUCAAACUAAAAGGUACUUCGUACAGUAUUUCCGAGGAUUUAGCCAGGCCGUGCAAGAAAAAAGGCGACAGCUGUGGAACUAUGCGAAAGAUAAAAGAGACUGCAAAGAAAAUCGUGUACGUCUGA